UCUCAAUUAACCUCACAAGCCUCCUUGGUCCGACCUUCCCCGACGGGCCGGACAAGUGACAGUCGAUGCCGACGCGCGAGUCACGCGUUAAUUUGACGUGCGGUUACGUGCCGCGAGACGGUGCCGAGGGUGAGACAACGUCGUCGACGACGACGACGACGGCGAAUACGCGGGCUGUAUGCGAACGCGGAACCGCGGUGUCGUCGUGAGUCGCGGCGCAAGCUUGUCAUCGUCGUUCGAUCGAAAUAAACAUAACUGAGCGGCAGGUCGUCGCAGCCUCACGAGACAAGCAGAAAUGUCUAGCGCCAAGAUCAUCGAGAAUCCGGAAGUGCCGGGACUCGAGUGUUUCCUGCCACCGCCUCCACCGCCGCCGCCGCCACCACCACCGCCGCCACCACCACCUCCGCCACCGCCGCCUCCGCCGCCACCUUCUUCUUCUUCGUCCUCGAACAAAUCCGCGGACAAUGCACAGUCGACAACGAUACAGCAACAACGAGCAACGUUAACGAGCGACGACACGAUGACCGGUGGCACGACAGUGGUAGCGACCGCGAGCGACGGGGUUUCUCCGACUCUCGCUACGUACCCGAACGCACCUUCGGUGGUGCCACCGAGCCCCUACAUGUUGCAUUCAACGAUGCAACCACAAACCCCCGGUCAACCGCCGACCCCCUGGUGGAUACCCACCGACAGCGAUACCUCAGACCUCUAUGCCCAAUGGUACGAGCCGACCUACAAGGGUGCGGCGGCCACAACGGCGGUAUCUUCCGUGGCAACGUCGUCGCUCAUGGGAAAGAACAAGGGCAAGAACUUUUACAAACGCAAGAAUGAAUUCAUCGAUCCUGCGCAGGAUGCGGAGAAAGUUGCGAGCGCGCAGAGGGAACUGUCGGCGUUGAUGAAACCGCUGAAAUGUGAUCUGUGCAAUGCAGUCAUGAACUCCUUGUUACAAGCCAAAUUACACUAUGACGGCAAGCCGCAUCAGAAAAAAGUAUCGAUGUUUCUCAAUCAGAGCGUUAAAAAACAGAAAACGGAAGAUGGCCAAGUGAGCAGUACGACCAAUAACGACUGGCAAAACUACUGUGAUAUAUGCAAAACGUGGUUCACGUCGCCAACAGACGCCACGCAACACUACGCCGGCAAAAAGCACGUUAGGGCAGCGAAUGGCGGGCCUCGCGCAAGGCCGUCGAAGAAACUGCAGAAUCAGGAUCAGUACAAUCAGGUGGACUCGACGGGUCGCUUCGGCAUAGGGUUAGCCUUCCAGACGGACGCACAAGUUGUACCGGCCGCGAUGCCCAUGGUAUCCGACAGCACCGCCGCAAUUCCCAAUCCGGCGGUAUCAGCUAUGUACACGGCAUCGCAGUAUCCCGUGCCGUUACAUUGCGAUCUGUGCGGUGUCUCGGCCAAUCGUCAGGAUCAGCUGGAAACGCACAAGCGCGGAGCCCGACAUCUGAGGAUGCUCAGACUCAAUGGGCUUCCCGUACCUGAAAUUGUCUGUGACAACGUGUUCUCGAAACCCAUAGAUUACUCUAUUUACCGGACGCCAUCGGGGCAAUAUUACUGCGCGCCGUGCAAUCUGUCGUUGAAUACGGAGAUCACGUUUGCCCAACACGUUGAGAGCAAGAAGCACAGAACUCAGUGUAACCCGAAGUUACCCAACGUCGACGUAGCGGCAAAGAAAGCCAGAUUCAAGAAAAAAUAAAAUCGCGACAAUGAUAUUACAUCACGCUGUUCGAAUGCAAUGCCACAAUGUUUGUUUCGCUUGUUGUUUUCUUAAGUUAUAUGUGUCUCUGAUCGAAACUCUGAUGGUGUGUUCAUUUUCGUUUCCCAAAUGUGUGUGUGUGUGUGUGUGCGUGCGCGCGCGCGCGCGCGCGCGUGCGGAUAUUUCCACUCUGUACAUAAUAUAUAUGACAAGAGAACAAUAAUCUUUGCACGUUGGCUGCAAUAAAUUUUCAUCUGUCCGAGA